CCUGAUCUAGUUUGACAGGUGGCAAGUCCAGCUGGCUCUCCCUCCAAAAAUGGCUACUGUACUGUUAAAACGACGACGAGGCUGAGCCAGCUCCGAUACGCCACGUGGCAUUUUCUUCGCUGUUCCUGCAGCUGGCUCGUCUCACAGUCCCCUCUGUGUGAUUAAUUUGCUUUUCUGGCUCUCCCGUCAAAAAUGGCGAACCGUCGGUUUCUCUGUAUCUCUAGAAUUUCCCAGAGAUUAAUUUGAAUCUUCAUCUUCUUCUUCUCUCUGAUUCGCCGAGAAACCUUGUUCCUCUGCUCCUCUCGUCCUUCGCGCUUUUUGCCUUCGGCAAGAUGCCAAUGGAAAGGUCGUAUAGCAAUGCAAGAAUGGCCAACAGUUUCACGUUCUGGAAUGAUUGUGUUGAGCCAGAGGAUUUAGAAGAAAUGUGGAUGGAUCCUGCGGUCAGUGCUGAAUGGAUUGAUGUUGGAGAGACUAAAGGCCAGAAGGUUCACCUUUCAAGGGAUCCUGAUGGACAGCCUUAUCUUACACAGACCGAGAUGAGGGCUGUUGCUGAUAUUACUGUCCGGAGGCAUUUUGAUUCGAUCUUGGAUUUGGAAAUGAUAUGCGCAAUUGCUGAGCUUGAAAGUGACCGCAAGCCUCUCAUUAUGAGGUACAACAAAAAGACCAAAGAAACUGGCCUAGGAAUUUUACAAGUUUUCGAAAAGACAGCAGCGUGGUUGGCUGGGGGCCAGGGCUAUCAGGCAUAUAAUGUGGAUGACAAUCCUGAUCUUCUUCACAAGCCCUUUAUAAAUGUAUAUUUUGGGGCAGCUUACCUGAAAUGGUUAACAGACUAUCAGAAUAACCAGAGAAGUGAAGAGUUUGUUGUCAGAGCAUAUAAUGGUGGGACAAAAAAGGCGACUCACAAGUCGACAUUGCCAUAUUGGAAACGAUACCUUGCAGUGAAAGAAAGUCUCCCUUCAAGAAAACAUGUCGAUGCUGGCCCUUCAAGCUUUCAUCCUACGAAUCCCGCUUCACCAGGCUCAAACACCAAUUUCACAUACUGGGACUCUCGGGCUUCCCCUGAAGAUAUGGAAGAUAUGUGGAAUCAUUCUGAAGUAUGUAAAGAGUGGACAAAAUCUAAAGAAGAAAGGGGAAAGGUUCGUUUUUCACAAGAUGGUGAAAAGAGGCCUUACCUUUCUCGAGGGGAACUUAAGGCUGUUGCAGAAAUAAUUGUUUCGAAGUACUUCAGCACGAAAGGAAUUAGAGUUCCUCUUGUUUGUGCGAUUGCUGAUACUGUGUGCAUGCGGUUUGUGAACGGUACUAAGAAACAUGUAGGUAUACUCGGAGUGGACUACUCAACCGCUUCCUGGUUAUACUCGGAGCUAGGAUACCGUGCAUACAGAGUCGAUUCAGCAGACGAUUUGACCAAACCAUUUGUCUCUAUGUACUUCGGUGUAGCCUAUUUGGUUUGGUUAUCGGAAUAUGAAGGAAGUCAGAGAAGUAAUCAAUUCAUUGUCCAAGCUUAUAUCAACGGUCCUGACCACGUCGAUCUUGAGGCAUCAUGUCCACUCUGGCUCAAGUUCGAGCAAGCUCUGAGUUACUAUGAAGUGUCGAAGAGGGAUUCAGGAAGCUGCAUUAUCCUAUGAGACAACGUUUAUUAAUACACAUAUGAUGAAGAUUAAAGAAUUUAGCUUUGGUUUCGUGUGUGUUUGUAUCACAAGAUUUCCUUUCUGCGGUUUCUGUUUUUGUCUUUAAAUUUCCGUGUCCUUUUUUUGUUUGUACGAUGAAUGAUUAACUGUGUAGAAAAUUUAACAAAUGACUACAUACUGGUUCUUUCAAAA